AUGGCAGCCUCACUCGCAAGAGGUUCCACCAUGAUAAGCGAAGAACUUGAAGGUUCCCGCACUACAUCUUCAACAAGCAUGGCGACAGCAGGCGACGUCCUAACCGACCUCAUAUUCCUCAAACCUGACCCAAAAUACCUUCAUGAGAAACCAUACCGCUUGCGGUACGAUCCUGGCGGCACAAUCCCCCGAACAAACUGCGAAACACAUGUCCAAAGAAACGUGACUGUGCACGACAUCCGCGGCAGAGAGGCUGAGUAUACUCUAGACAGAAACGGGUUCCAAAUUGUGAAUUUGGAGUCUGAGUUGGCGCCGGACGAGUUCCACGAUAGGGCGAAAGUGAAGAGUGUAUAUUAUGGCGAGUUGAAGCAGUUGCUGAAACACACGUUCGGGGCGAACAGGGUAGAGAUCUUGGAACAUGGUAUUCGAAAACGACAUGAGGAUUUUCCAGUCUCGACAGGGAAGGAUUAUGAAUACUUGCAACCCACGUCUAUCAUUCACAUUGAUUUCACGCCUGAUGCUGCCCAAGCUACAAGUUCCCAGAUGUUAAACAUCGAUGCCUCAACUUACAGAAGGAUGCAAACACUGAAUGUUUGGAAGCCUCUCUACGGCCCACUCACAGACUGGCCUCUCUCCGUUUGCGACUCUCGCUCAAUCUCCACGUCCCGCGAUUGUAUAGCUACCGAUGUUGUAGAACGCACUGGCUUUACGGAGAACUACCAAGUCUACUAUCAUGUGGAUAUGCAAUUUUGCUAUCUUAGUGAACAAUUGGCGAGUGAGGUCAUUUUAUUUCUACAGACGGAUACUGAAGAGGAGUGCAAAACGGGUGUUCCACACGCUGGAUUUCGAAAUCCAAAGACUGUGCCUGGAGAGAGACCCAGAGAAAGUAUCGAAACGAGAGUGUUUCUAUACUAUUCAUGA